ACAUCGCUCGUUAUAAGUACUUGUAGAUUAGAUGGCUAUCAUAUGUUAUAUAUACAUGGAACUGAGGCGCAGGAUCUUCAUUUUGCGAAAGUUUGUGCGAGCACCACAUGGCUUAACGCAGUCCUUGACGUGUAGCUGGUGUAAUAUCUAUUAUCUACGGUCAAGGCCUGUGCUACACCCUCUAAGUCAGAUUAUCAGAUCAUACAGUAGCAUGGGGAGUUUAAUUGCUGAGGAUACCCUCCUGGGUGUGGGGAACCCCUUGUUGGAUAUGACCGUCACUGGACCUGAUGCAGAGUGGUUGCUCAAAGAGUACGAUCUUUUACCAAACAAUGCGAUAAUUGCCACAAAGAAGCAUGAAAGUUUAUUCAAAAAAUGUGUGGAGGAGUGCAAACCCAUCUAUCUUGCUGGUGGUGCCACACAAAAUACCAUCAGAGUUGCACAAUGGCUCCUCCAGCAACCGAAGGCCACGACAUUUUUUGGUGCCGUUGGCAAUGAUAUGUAUGAGGAAAUUUUAUUCAAGAAAGCAACGGAGAUUGGCGUGAACGUAAAAUAUGACAUCCAUUCUGAUAAAUCCACUGGGAAAUGCUGUGCUAUCAUCACUGGUGAGGACAGGUCCUUGGUGACAGAUUUAGGGGCUGCCCAAAUGUUCAAUGUAGAUUUCUUGCAUAAGCCUGAGAACUGGGAUCUAGUAGAGAAGGCCAAGUAUUUCUACAUAGGCGGGUUUACCUUACCUGAAAGUAAGGCUGCGGCGUUAAAAAUUCUAAAACAUGCUGCUGAAAAUGACAAAGUUGUUAUCAUGAAUCUCCAUGCGACUUUUCUUUGCUCCCAUUUUGCAGACUUUGAACUAAACAUAUUACAGUAUGUUGAUGUUCUCUUUGGAAAUGGAGACGAAGCAAGAGAGCUGUCUAAGGAAAUUGGAUUUGGAACUUCAGACAUUAAACAGAUUGCACAAAAAACUGUCAACUACAUGAAACUCAAUAAACGUCAUGGCAGGACAGUAAUUUUUACUCAGGGACGAUCUCCAACAAUUGUGGGAAGACGAAAUGAAAUCAAAGAAAUUCCAGUUGUUCCUGUAGAAAAACAUUUGAUUAAGGACACUAAUGGUUGUGGGGACUCUUUCGUAGGGGGAUUUCUGUCACAAUUUGUUCAGGGAAAAACAACUGAAAUCUGCUUAAAAUGUGGUACAUAUGCUGCCAGAGAAGUCAUUCAAAACUAUGGAUGCAACUUUCCAGAAAAGCCAAAUUUUGUUGUAGAAUGAUUAGUAUUAAUAAUUUAGAUUUUUAACUACCAAACAUAUCCUGAAAACGUACUAUCUAUUCCGACACUUGUGCAAUCAGUUUCAUUUUGAAUUCCAAUUCUUGUUUAAUUUAUUAUUUAAUUUUAAUUACUUUUUACAUUCUGAAUCUGCUGAUUUAAUGGGUGCUUUAGGUAUUCCGCAUACGGGUUCUGUAUGAAGUUUGAUAUUCCCCUUUCAUUCCAUAGUUUAAAUUCCUCUGACCUCUUAUUACAGGCAAAUGUUUAUGUUUGCUAUCAGAUGUUGACUUCUUUAUUUCUCAUGGAAUUUGUUCAUAAAUAUGUUAUUAUUUAUGUAUUUAAUCCGAGAUUCCUCUGACUCUAACCCCUUUGUGACGUGCAGGGGAGAUGCACAUGCCCCUGCAUCAUAAUAUAAAAGCAGGGGUUAGAGUCGGAGGGAUCUCGGAUUAAUAUAUAUCUUACAUACAGAAAUAUGUCCCCGAAUUACAGUUUGUGAUGUAGCCAUAUUCUUGAUAAUCAUCAUAUCAAGUUUAAAUGAAGAGGACAAGUUGAUACACUUACUUGUUCUGGUUGUAAUAUUAAGUUGAUGCAAAUCAUAACAACAGUAUUAUUUUUUGAAAAAAAUGUUUACUUUUUGACAAUUUUACAUAUUGAUCUAGUUGCAUAGUUUCCCUUGGUGCUAUAUAUGUGAACGGCAUUAUUUUCCCUUUAUAUUUUUAACUUACCAGUACUUUUUUAUAACGUUGGUUGAAAAUAUUGUGAUAACUGUGAUUAAACCAACAGCUUUCAUUCAUUCGUUCUGUGUUGAUUUUGCCUGGGAAAAGCAUCCAAAAAUCAUUUGUUGAUAUGUCCGAGCCAUUUUGAUUGACAUCGGUAAUGGAAUGUUUCUAUGCAGCAGAACCAUAGACACUGGAAGGAAUUUUUACAUGUUCCUACAGACACACCACUUCUUUGUAAUGCUCACUUUACAAACUGUAACAAUUAUGUCGUGCAGUUUGCCGUGUUGUUUUCGUUAACUGCUGAUUUUAUAAAGAUUUUGAUAAUGGCAAA